AGAUGGACAGCAAUCACAGAGACCUGAAUUCUUUGUUCAUAGAGUCAGAACUUACGCCGAAAUCUAACGGUUCUUCGAGACGGGCGAGCAACGAGAGCACCUGCAGCCUGAACGUACCCCUCAGCGUACGUUUCGAGAGGGAACCCACUCCUCAGGUAAACAGCACCAUCGUCGACAACCCGGGGGAUAUGAGCCGGUCCCAUUCCCUCCACAACAUCACGCGGUACUCCAAGUCGUCUCUGCUCCAGGAAAAGGAAUACAACUUGAACGGGAUCGAGGAGUGUCCCAAGAGUAACGGCCGGAGGACUUAUAGGAGAGGAUCACUGCCAUUUGAAAAGUUGAACAAUUUUUCGACUCUCAAGGACGCUUUUGGCCCACAACUCGAUGACGAUUCACAGGUGACCCUGCCUGGCACGCCACUGCCUUCUCUGGUGCAGGAUAACCCUGAAGAGUUCACGGAGAUAUCCGCUCCCAUCAGUCCCGCUGAAAAAGAAGAGGUCCUGGACCCGGAAAGUUUAUAUUUUCGUGAUGGUAGAAGGAAAAUUGACAUGGUGUUGGUUUACGAAGAAGAAGAACUAGGGGUGAUGACGGAAGCGGAGGCCAAAAGAAGAGACAGGAGAAAAGUUUUUCAGGAAAAUUUGGUCAAAGAAGGUUUGGAGCUAGAACUCGAACACAAGGAUCUUUCCUUUGACGGAAAAACUUGGUUUCUGAAAAUCCACCUGCCAUGGAAAACCAAAACGAGAUACGCAGCCGUUAUGGGGAUGAAACUACCAAUAAAAAGAUUUAUAACUAUUUCCGUCAAAGCUUGGGACGACCAAAAGGACAAAGGCAAGGACGAAUCCUUGUGGGCGACGUGGAAGAAGAAGUGGAACGAAUUCUUCGAGAACAACCACGAUCUGAUACCCCAGGAACCUUCCUUCUACGACGCCACUGAGGGAGCAGACAGAGAAGAACAAUUUGUCGUGAAGGACAGAGUAACGAGCUACUCGAGUGCCCAGAGAAGUCUUAUCGUUAUGCAGAUACUUUUAAGGGUUAAAUUUGACGAUACUGAUAAAGUUGGAAUCAGGAGACUUUUGAAUGAUUACACAUAUAUUGCUUGCUUUCCACUGCAUGAAGGGAAGUGGGACAAGGAAUCUAGUGAUGGAAAAAUAUUGGAUAGAAGGUUACUGUAUCUAGAAUGGGCUAGACCUGGAAAAUGGAUGAAAAGACAACCACUCAACAUAGUGCGGAAAUAUUUCGGUGAUAAGAUAGCCCUGUACUUCUGUUGGUUAGGCUUUUACACGAAGAUGCUGUUUGCCCCUGCGAUGGUCGGGACUCUUUGUUUUCUAUACGGCAUUUUCACGAUAGACGGGGAUGACAAUAUCCCAACUAAAGAAAUAUGUGAUCCAAACGGACCAGGAAACAUAACGCUUUGCCCGUUGUGCGACAAAGCAUGUACAUAUCAAAAACUUAAAGACAGCUGUAAAUUCGCUAGGCUUACUUAUCUCUUCGACAACCCGGCGACCGUGUUCUUUGCAAUAUUCAUGAGUUUGUGGGCUACGGUUUUUCUGGAAUUGUGGAGGAGGAAACAGAGUGUAAUACAGUGGGAAUGGGACUUACAAGGGACAGAACAAGACGAGGAACCUAGACCAGAGUUCGAAACGAGUGUCAAAACAUUUAGGACGAACCCAGUAACCAGGGAGAAAGAACCUUAUCUGCCAACGUGGUCCAAGGCCUUUAGACUAGUUGCCACUGGUUCCGCGGUGUUUUUUAUGUUAUUCGUCGUCUUAUGUGCCGUGUUAGGUACAAUAAUCUACAGACUGUCCCUCGUUUCGGUGAUAUACGGGAGCCAAUCCACUUUCCUGAAUAAACAUGCCAAAAUUGUUACCUCUGUCUCGGCAGCAGUCAUUAAUUUAAUAAUCAUCAUGUGUCUUACUAGGUAUUAUCAUAGGCUAGCGAUAUAUUUAACAAAUUUAGAGAGUCCCAGAACGCAAACUGAAUACGAAGACUCUUAUACUUUUAAGAUAUUUUUAUUCGAAUUUAUGAACUUUUAUUCUUCUCUGAUAUACAUAGCGUUUUUUAAGGGUAGAUUUUUUGACUAUCCAGGUGAUACGACUAGUAGAAAAUCGGAAUUCUUUCGAGUGAAAGGGGACGUGUGUGACCCUGCUGGUUGCCUCAGCGAACUAUGUAUACAGCUGUCUAUUAUAAUGAUAGGCAAACAAAUUUUCAAUAAUUUCAUCGAAUUAUUCAAUCCGGCGUUUUACAAUUGGUGGAGGUGGCGAACCCAUCGGUCGAACACGAAAGAUUUGAACAGGAAACAUACUAGGUGGGAGGAGGACUAUCAUUUGCAGGACCCUGGCCGACUAGCACUUUUUGAUGAAUACUUAGAAAUGAUUCUGCAGUAUGGUUUUGUUACGUUAUUCGUGGCUGCCUUUCCUCUAGCGCCGCUCUGUGCUCUCCUCAACAACAUCGCCGAAAUCAGGUUGGACGCGUACAAAAUGGUGACCCAGUCUAGGAGGCCUUUGGCCGAAAGGGUGGAAGACAUUGGUGCAUGGUACGGCAUCUUGAGAGCAAUUACCUACGCUGCUGUCGUAUCAAAUGGUUUCGUCAUUGCCUAUACCAGCGACUUCAUCCCCAGAAUGGUGUACCAGUUCAAAUAUUCCCCUACGGAAGACCUGACUGGUUACAUUGACGCGUCAUUAUCAGUGUUUAAUACAUCCCACUACAGAGAGGAUAUGCGAGGAGAUGAUGAAAAUCCACCAGAUAUCUGUCAGUAUAGAGGGUACAGAAAUGGGCCCAAUGAAACGGAUCCGUACGGUCUGAGUCCCCAGUAUUGGCACGUGUUUGCAGCCAGAUUAGCGUUUGUUGUUUGUUUCGAGCAUGUCGUCUUUGCUUUGGUGGGUAUUAUGCAGUAUGUUAUACCCGACGUCCCAUCCGAGCUAAAAACUCAAAUGCAGAGGGAAGCCCUUUUGGCUAAAGAAGCAAAAUACGAACAUGGCCUGAAGAAAAGCGAGUACGACUAUGAGGAACUAUUAAACGCUUUUAGAGAAAGUAACAACACUCCUAAAAGCGAUGGAAGAAUAGGCGUUAGAGGAUCUUGGGCAAGAAGAUUGAGCAGACUUUCUGAUGGCUUAGACGCUCAUGUGGAAGUGGUGAGCAGGAAAAAGAACUCCAUAUCAGCGACAGUAUGGGAAUCCUCUUAGAAUUAAGUAUUAAAUACAUUCAUCACGAUUUUGUUA